CAGGGUGGCCGUUGAUAAUACUGAGCAAUGUUUUCAUGCACGAACCAUUGAUUAUGAAGUGAUAUUUUCAUGGAAUAUAACAUGGAGUUUGAUAUUUUCAACACAAUAGUACUACAGUGAAAUCAUCUGACCAGUUCUCGCAUCCAGGAAGUAUGGCAGUAUCUUUGAAUUUUCUCCCCCGGGACCUGAGGAAAGCUUUGAUGCCUUUCCAGAAAGAUGGCAUCCGCUACGGAAUCGAGAAGAAUGGAAGGUGUUUGAUUGGUGAUGAGAUGGGUUUAGGCAAGACCCUACAAGCAUUGUCAGUUGCUUACUAUUUUAAGGAUGAUUGGCCACUUCUUAUAAUUGUUCCUUCUUCAAUGAAGUAUCCUUGGGUAGAUGAAAUAGAAAAAUGGUUACCAGAGAUUCCACCUGAACAUAUAAACCUUAUCAAAAAUUGCUCAGAUCUUACGGCCCUAUCCAAAGCAAAAAUCAACAUACUAAGCUAUGGGCUUGUUAGUUUGAGAAGUGGUUUAAAUUCUAUGCUGAUUGAAGCAGUAAAGAAAGCAAAUAUUGGCGUAGCCAUCGUUGACGAGUCUCAUUAUGUCAAGAACCGGCAGACAUCAAGGACACAAAGGAUUAUGCAGUUAUUGAAGCAGAUGAAAAGGGUCAUUCUGCUUACUGGUACUCCUUCUCUUGCAAGACCUGAAGAGCUAUUUGUUCAGAUAAACAUAGUAAGACCAGGCCUUGUUGGGAAUUGGCAUAACUUUGGAGAAAGAUAUUGUGAUGGUCAUUAUAUUCUACAAACCAUGAGAGGUGGAAAAGUGUUGCGGAAGUAUGAUACAAGAGGGGCAUCAAAUUUAAAGGAGCUUCAUGAGAUUUUGACUAAAUCUCUUAUGAUUAGAAGGCUCAAGUGUGAUGUGCUAACAGAACUUCCAGCUAAGCGACGGCAAAGAAUCCGUUUUGACAUUGUCACAGAUUCAGAUCGAAAGAAGAACCUGGAGGCAAGCUUGAAGCAUUUCAAGAAGACUGUUUCACAAUUCAAGGACCAGCUUAAUGUUCUUGAUGAUGCAAGGCUGUUGACAAUGUCAGAUGUCAACUCAGCACUUACAAGCCUAUAUAAGAGCACAGGCCUAGCAAAGGCCGGCCCCAUUCAGGAAUAUAUAUCAGAUCUUUUAGAUGCAAUGCCAAACAAAUUCGUCGUGUUUUGUUACCAUCUGGCAGUCAUUGAUGCAGUAACAGAAGUGUUGGCCAAGCGUGGCACAAGGUACAUUCGUAUUGCAGGCGAUGUUCCACCAGAAAUCAGGGCAAAUUAUGUGCGAGAAUUUCAAACUCAACCUUACUGCCGCGUUGCUGUACUUAGCAUCACUGCUGCGUCAAUGGGCAUAACUUUAACAGCUGCUGAUCAUGUAGUUUUCGCAGAACUUCACUGGACACCGGGUGUAAUAAAGCAGGCAGAAGAUAGAUGUCACAGAAUAGGACAGAAAAAUGCUGUUCAGAUUCAUUUCUUAACAGCCAAAGGUACUAUCGAUGAUGUUCUAUGGUCCAUGUUAUCACGUAAGCUAACAGUGACCAGUGAAACACUUGACGGAGAAGCACAGUUAUUAACAGCUGAUGACGGCGACGAAGGUAAAUCUCAGCUGCUUUCUAUAUGCCAAGCUUGGUUUCCUGACGAAGACGAAGAAGAUGACGCAGAUCUAUUUACCCCAAAAGUUAAGAAAAGAGACGAGAACCAGCGAGAUAUUAGAGCUUGCUUUGUGAAAAGUGCAGAGAACAAGAAAAGAAAAAUGCGAUCGUACUACGAAAAAGGUUUGAUGGAUAUUUCAGACUCCAGUGAUGAUAAUCAGGAAUUCAAACCCCAGCAUAAACGAGGCAAAAGAAGAAAAGUCUUGAAGGGAAGUGAACCAGUCGAUCAUAAAGUGCAUCAAAUGGUGAUUCUAGAUAGCAGUUGUGACGAAAAAGAUACCACGGAGGAUCUUCAAGGCCCAUUGCAUCAUCAGGAUGGAAAGGGAGAUUCUAAUGAGAUUAGAAAGAAAGAUUUCCCAGCAUUAGCGACAAAACCUCUUCAAUUCAAUGAUACAAAGCUGGAACAUCUUGAAGAAGCUGCAUCUGUUGCCGAAAGGAUUCAGUUGGUAGACGGGAGGCCGAAGGAAUUAGAAAUUCGAUGUGAUACCACUUCAGGUUCUGGAAAUGAGGAAUUUCUUGAAGAAAACCUAGAAGCAACAGAGUUGCCUAGCCGCAAGGUCCAUGGUGAAAUUGAAUCGAUACACACAGAAUCUACCUGUUGCAAAGAGGGAAUGGUCGAGCAAGACUUAGAGAAAGAGAAAUUCAUCGUUGGGAGAUCAAAAGGAAACACUCUUUUACAAUGUACCGUUUCUAAAAGUACUAAAGAAAAGGAUGUAGCAAUGGAUCUUUGUGCUUUAAAUAAAAAUGAAAAACAUAAAACUGAUGAAAUGAAGAAAAUUUCGUCCUCCAAUAAAGAGAGCUUUGGAAGUGAAAUAUUGCUUGAAUGUGAUGCGGGAAGUCAAAAUGCAGAAACUAUUUAUCGUAAAGAAACUGUAACAGGUGAAUGUAAUAAGAAAAACUCUUGGAACUGCGUAGCCUGUACGUUUCUUAAUCACGAAGAUUUGAAUACAUGUGAGAUGUGCGACAGUGAGAGACCCAAAUCAUUUGUGCAGACAAGGUCACGCGUUCUUGCAUCAGAUUUAGUUGCAGCUGCAUCUGAAGUAACAAAUUCAAGAAAACCAACGAAAAGUAAAGCUAGAAACAACUCAGCUAAAACCAGAGUUCUUGAAAAUGAAUCUGCAUCAAUCGAAAUUGUAGGAAAUGGCGAUCAUGACUCGCAAUCCGAGGCUCUGCCCUCAACUGAAGCAGCUGUUACACUUGAGAAUAACACAGCCAGCGUAAUAGAAGUGCCCAGCCCAAGUAAGGAGCACUUCCCUGACAUCACGUGUUCUGAUUUUGAAAAACUUAGUACUUGUACAACAGGGCUGAAAAAUGACAUCACACAACCAGACCAAUAUGUCGACAGAAGUAUGUACAAGGUCUCUGGUCUUUCAAAUACUGUAAAUGAAACAAAUAAACUUGCAGUUGAUACAGACGAUAAGCUGGCUUCAUCAAAUUCAUUUACUGGAAUGAGAAAUCAAGGGAUUGCGACUGAACCGGCCGUUUCGAGUAGCGAAUCAUUGGCAAAGAAACCUGGGAUGCAAAAUACUAGUAAACAUGAUGCCUCUGAUAGCGAAGUGUCAACAAUUACUGAUUCAAGUUCUGAAGCGGAAAAUGAUUGGUUUGAUAGGGUGAAUAUUGGCCCAUGUAAUAAACGAUCUGACUUGAAACCAAGUAAAAGGAAAGAAGCUCCUAAGAAACCUUUUAGUGUAGAGCGAGUCUUAACAAUGACAAACGAUGUCACAUGCAGGUAUUAUUCUUCUUUAGAUACCGAAGUAAAUCCAAUGUCUACGUCGAAGAAGUUCAAUGAAUGCUUUGUAGACAGUCCUUUAAUGUUCAGCUCAUCAGAAGAUAGUAGCAAUGGCCCAGAGAUAAUUGAAUCUAUUGCUAUUGCGGGAUUUAAAAAGGCAUCGGGUUUGUUACAACAAGAACAAUUAGAAAGAGACCGAAAAUAUGAUGGUGAAGGUUGUGCUCUAUUAUCUGCAUCAGGAGGAACUGCUGAUUCAAAUGUCGUUAAUUUGAGCUCAUUGUCGGACGAAGAUAGUGAUGCCGCAGUGUAUUUGAAUCCGUCAGCUAAAGGAUUGCACGAAGCAUUGCCACAUCGGAUUGGAAAAAGCCCUGCACUUGAUUCGAGAAUAAGUGAGAAAGAGAAAGGCAAUGGUGCAUGCAAAGAUGACACGGAAUUUCUUCUUGAUGGUGACUUUGAUGACGAAAUCUCACUAGUGUCAUCUGAGAAAAGUGAGAGUGAAGCAGAGAGCGAAGAGGAAGUUCAACCUGUUGAGCUGAUGUUCAAAAUGAGUUUUGAAAGUGACAGAGUUUAUCUGUAUAAUGCAAAUGAAGAACCCUUGAGUGUUAAUCUUCGCAUUCCUGAUCUUGGAUUUCUAAGCAAUGAUGAUUUACCUAGAAUUUUUAGUCAUCCUUUCAAUUUAAAACAGCUGAAGAAACUGGCUAGAGAAUGGAGCUUGUUAACGAACACCAAGCAAAGAAUGAUAAGAAAAAGUGGACUUGUCUUCAAAAGCCCUCUGGAUGCUUACAACAGGCUUAAAGAGGCUCGUUACGGAAGUCCUAGCAAUGAGAGAUUUUCCUCAAAGGAAAAAAGAAACAAAAACAUAAAGACAAUAGCAAGUAUUAUUGGUGGCACCGUUGCAGAAAUAAAAGAUUCAAAGCACCAAAGAUAUGGCAAUAGGAAUCAACCGGAAGCAGGCAAAUCAAGCCAGACUGACGCAUCUAGCCACGACCCUAACGAAACUGAUCCCCAGACCUUAUUACAAGCUGUCGAUUCAGAAGGAGAUCCGCUUUGCCUUUUUUGUAAUAGCAAAGUUCAAAAUGGAUUCAAAGCGGGAACUCGACAGGCAAGGUUUUGCUCGUAUAAUUGUCAAGAAGAAUACUUGUUUCGCACCAGCAAAAGCCGGAUCGUACGGGAGCGUUUAUUUAGCUCAGAGCAUGGAGUCUGCCAGCUUUGUCAAUUUGAUGCACACCAAUUAUUUGCAAGAAUAGCAGCCCUUCGAAAAAAAGAUAGGAAAGCUGCAUUAGAAGCAACGCACUUUGUAAAUUUACCAGCAGCAUCGCUCAACAAAAUAAUUGCUGAUCCGAAGGAAGGCAAGUUUUGGGAAGCCGAUCAUAUAAAUGCUGUUAGCGAAGGUGGAGGUGAAUGCGGCCUAGAGAAUUACAGAACACUUUGCAUCCCUUGUCAUCGGGAUGUCACCAAGGACCUACAUAAAAGAUUGCGUCAUAAAAGAAAGAUUGAUAAAUCUAAAGCAGAAGGGAUCGCGGAUAUUGGAGGAUACUUUGCCAGCUCAAAUCCAGGUUCCCGUUCGCGCAAAGAAACAAAGACGCAUGAUUCAAAGGACUGUCCCGGUACUGGAACCUUGGAGCCAACAGCCAGAAAACCUAGCGCUAAUGCAAAUGGGUCACUAUCACCGAACGAAUCACAGUGUAUGGAAGUAUUUGCAACAAAUACAAAAACAUCUCUCAAAGGGCUAGCAUCUACAGCGAAGGCAUUGGGCAAUGUAUCCCAGAAGGUGAUCAAAUCUGAUGAACAACAGAAUGAAAUAUACGCAGGACCUAACUUUCUAAGAUCAAUGAAUGUUAAGCAACACACUGAAUCACAUCAACACGCCUCAGCAUCCUUAACUGUCAUUGGGGGGACUGGAAAACCCAUCAUUUCAUUAAAGCGACAACCAGAAGUUUCUUCGGUGAAUAUCAGUCACGCUGUAAAAAGCUUGACUAGAACUGUAACCACUAAACCAGCUGUACGGAAAAAUCCGAUAGACGUUGCUUGCUCAAGUAAAACAUUGAAAGAAACGUUCACACUGACAUCGUAUGACAACGAAAAGAACACCUUAACAUCACGUGAAAAGAUGAAUCUACCGGGAAGUAAUAUCAGAUCGAAAAAUGAGGGGAAUGAGUUACCUGGUCGUCGAACAAAUGUAAACAAAAACCUAUCUGAACCUGUACUUCCCAAUGAUAAUGAAGUGCCUAAAAAGGCAAAACAAGCAAAGGCCUGUACUGCUAAUUGUGAAAGAUCACCUGUUUACAAAAGUGCCAAAGGAACAAAGAAAUCUUUCAUAGAAGUGACGGAAGAAGAAAUGAAGAAAUCAGACGAAAAGAUUGCAGCUCUGAUUGCAAAGUCAGCUGAGAACAGAAACCAUACGAAGAAAUGAUUCUAAACAUAUUUGGUAAUGUCUGCUAUCAAUGGACAUCUUAAUGGGAAGAUUCGAUUCUUUCAGUGCCGUGGAAACACGCUUUCAUCGCUCAUCGUUGAGUCAUUACGAGGAAGUUAUCUUCUGCACGUGAUCAAGAUGUGUUUCAGCGCAAUAAGGAGAUUCAGUAUGCAAUGUUAAGAAAUUACUUUAACAUACACGCAAAAAAUUGUCUAUUGUGGAGUCAUUAACUGUAUUCUGCCUGUUAUCAAGAGACCUUCUAACUGAAAGAUUAAGAAUCGUAAUAUUGUUACAGAACUAUUAUGUUAAGAAAAGACACAUUGCCUUUGCUUACUGUAGUAUCAUUAUGAGAAGAUUUUAUUCUACUGUUCAGCGGAAAGAUUAGCAGAAAAUUCCUUAAUUUCAGAGUCACCGUAAUAGCUUUCAUACAUUCUACUUAUCGAGGAAUGAAAAUUUUAAAAUCAUACUAAAGGAACAUUAAAGUAGUGUAUUUGACUAGGUAUAAACAGAGUUUCCCCCAUGAUUUCAGCUAGAGUAUGAAAAUGGCCAUUUUCGAAUUCCCGUUGAUCUUUUUGGCAAUGUUUUUCUGCGACACCAAUUUCUAAAAAAUUAUUUUAGCAGUUAAUCAAUUUACUAGUAAAAAGAGAAUUUCUCAGUUUAUUGUAUGCUGAUUUAAGACGCAAACUACCUAGAAUCACUUUUCUUUUUUGUUAAUAUAAUUUUAUAUUGUUACUGUUGCGAGCAUUUUAAAUUGUAAAAGUAAAUGUACAUUUAAUGAGAUACAUUCAUCAGAAUUUCUUGAAUGAGAUAGAUUCAUCAGAAUAUUAUUGUCGUUUGUAAUACUGAAUGGUAAUUUUAUUCUCAAUUUUAAGUAAUAAUGAAUUCAACUUUAUAAUAUAUUGUAUGUUCAGUUCAUAUUGAUGCUGCUGUUAUUAAUUCGUUUGCCUAUUUCGCGUUCCUUUUUCUGUUGCUUUCAGCCUUCGGAAUUAUUGAGGACAGGAUGCAUCAAUUAUGUUACACAAGUUGAACCAACAGUAUCCCUUCUCCCUAAAUGUAUAAUUUCACUAAGUUGUACCAACUGUUUUUAAUUAGAUAUGAACAACCUAAUAAUGCAGAUCUUUUCUAUUCAUGCUGGCUAGACACUUUCAAGAAUAUUGAUAAUCAUACACAUCUACGCUGUGCUCCUGUAGAAGAAGUCGUCUACAUAAAAUCCCCGUGAUUCCUACGUGAAAUCGUGAAAGCUCAGUGCGUCAACCAACCAACCAACCAACCAACCACAACAACCAACCAACCAACCAACCAACCAACCAAUCAACCAACCAACCAAUCACUUCAAUAAAUCGAUCACUUCAAUCAACCAAUAAUCUAAUCACUCAAUAUAUCUGUAGAACUAGAAAAUAUGUGAAAAUGUAUUCUAAAUAGUCCAGUAAAAGUUUCGCCUAUCGAGACCGGAUUAGCAACAGAUUUUGUGCCAUUAGGAUCCUGUGAUCGUGUGCGUGCACUCGUUGUGUAUGUAGCUGCAUGUGCGUGCAAUGCUAGGUCGUGUUGUUGUAUUGAUAAUUUCUCGUAGAUUUUAACUUUCAUUUAUUUUGUAAAAUAAAUCGUGUAACUAUGAUGCUUUUUACAAAUUUACAAAUUCAGAAAAUGCCUUCUAAAAUAUCUCAAGAUCGCACGAAAAGUCAGAAACAUCUCCUAUUACACGAACGGUGUUGGUUUACGCAUAAUCGUGUCAUCAUAGUACUAAAAACUCCUGCAAACAACACCGAACGGUCUUCGACAUAAUACCUGCAAUAGAAGUACACUCAAAGAUUGUUCUCAAAUUUCCUAAAUCAUUCGUUCUAUAAACAUUUCUUAAAUGAUUGAAGCAGGUGCUGUAUUUACAACUCUCAAUCGGAGUGAUAUAGAAGGCAACAACCAACCUCUAUACAUUCAUUAUUAAUCGGUACUCGUUUUGUUCCAGGGGGUAGCAUCCUUAUACUUUUCGCAGCAAAACAGUUCUCAUACACAAGCGUCUGUUAUAUGAAAAAAGGUGAGAUUGGAUUUUACACUAUUUUUAUUUUAUCGUAAAUCUUCGCAGAAAUAUAUGUUGACUCAACCAUAAGAGAAUUUACUUUCAGCAAACUAACACGAGAUGGCAUGAUUGCUUCAAUCAAAAACUCCUGUCCUAAUUGUCCUUAGGAAUUUUAUUACGAUAG